GUCGGGGGGCUCUGAGGGGCUCGGGCUGGGAUGUGGGGAAGGAGCCGGUGCCUUGCAGGGCUGGGGGCCUCCGGAGGCCUGAGGUCCUACGUGGGUCCGGCUCUACAUCUGGACAAAUCCAGCACCCUGGAAGAGCAGCCUGCCGCUGACUAGAAGACUGCAAAUGUGCGGGGGGCAGGGGAUGGUGGCUGUGAACACAAGUCCAUGCGUGUGGCCGGCCUCUUGCUCACAGCGACAGGGGCUGUGGUGUUCUCUCCAGGACCCGCAUCAGCAUGUCUACCCCUGGCGGGGAGGCUGGGGAGGGUGGGAGGGCAGCACACCAAGAGGCAAUGGAUUCCUGCCCUUUGGUUCACAAGUCCAUUCUGUGUGCCCCCAACCUGCAGGGGAGCGGGCGUGCCCCUACUUCCCAGCAGCCCCUCUGCUCCAACUCCCACCCUGCACCUGCCUCUUCAGAGCCAUCAGGUCCUGGAUGUCAUGAGUCCUGUGUCUCUUGCCCCACGGCCCCACCUUCUCUGCUACACUUUUCUGCUCUGCCCGGGCCCUGGCUGAGCUCCGCCUGCUGCGCUGCUCCUGAGAGGGGCCGUCGUGCUCUCCAGGGCAGGCUCUAGGAGGAGGGGUGGUCAGGUCCCAGUAGCCCUUUGCUCUUCGUCCCAGGCUUGGAGAAAUGGGUGACGGGCUUGGGGCUGGGCAGGUGGGCUCCGUGCUGCCUCUGUCUCCCUGCUCCUUGCCCCUCAGAUGGCCGCCUCUCACUGCUGCCUCUUCCUGCUGCUUCUGUCCACGGGCGUGGCUCUGUUGCUGCGACCACCACUGGGUGCCCGGGGGGCCCCGCUGGAGCCAGUAUACCCGGGGGACAAUGCCACGCCGGAGCAGAUGGCCCAGUACGCAGCGGAGCUCCGCAGAUACAUCAACAUGCUGACCAGGCCCAGGUAUGGGAAAAGAGACAAAGAAGGCGCGCUGGACUUCUCGGAGUGUGGCUCCCCCCACGCAGCUCCCCCCAGGUGGGCUUGGUUCCCUGCCCUGUGUGUCCAGAUGCCUGGGGCGGAAACCGGGGUGUGUGUCAGGGGUGGGGGAGAACAGGGGCCUAGGGCUGGCCUGAGGUCUUCCGAGGGCACGAGGACUCCCCACUCAUGCUGCCACGCUCUGCCCUCUCCGCACAGGCAGCUCAGCCCGAGGGACUCGUAAAGCCACCUCCU